UACAAGUUGAGGUUUACCAACUUGACCAAUUCAUGGAACUUGAUUAUAACCCCAGACUUCACCGGCGUCCCAAAUCUUGAGAAGUUAAUUCUUAAAAAUUGUAUACGUUUACGCAAGCUUCACCCAUCCAUUGGAAUUCUUAAAAAAAUUUAUUCUUCUUAAUCUACAAAAUUGCCUAAGACUAAAUUGUCUUCCAAGCAUUGGAAAUAUGGAAUGCUUACAGAAGCUUUUUUUGGAUUACACUGCUAUUAUGGAACUACCUUCAUCAGUUGGAGGCUUGAUUGGCCUAACCUCAUUGACUCUAAGUAAUUGCAAAAAUCUUGCCUGUCUUCCUAGCACCAUUUGUAGUUUGACAUCUCUUGAAUCUCUAGAUCUUUCUAGAUGCUCAAAAUUUGACAACUUGCCUGAGAACCUUGGGAAUGUCAAAGGUUUGAAGAAGCUUAAUUUGAGUGGAACAGCUAUUAAAAAGUUGCCUUCAUCAAUUGAACGUUUGACAAACCUUACUUCGUUGACUCUACUUAAAUGCUAUAAACUUGUAUGUCUUCAACACCAAAUGUGGUUUCAAGUUCUGUGGUGCUCUUGAUCUUUCUGGACACUCAAAAUUUAAAAAAUUGCCAGAGAACUUAUGGAUCAUCGAAGGUCUAGAGAAACUUGAUUUGAGUAGAACAACUAUAGAAGAGCUACCUUUAUCAAUUGAACGUUUGACAAGCCUUACUUUAUUAACUCUCAAAGGUUGUAAAAAUCUUGUGUGUCUUCCUAGCACUAUUUGUAGUUUGAAAUUGCUUGAAUCUCUAGAUCUUUCUGGAUGCUCAAAAUUUGACAACUUGCCAGAGAACCUAGGGAAUGUUGAAGCUUUGAAAAAACUUGAUUUGAGUGGAACAGCUAUUAAAGAGUUGCCUUCAUCAAUUGAAUGUUUGACAUGUCUUACUUCAUUGACUCUACUUUAUUGCUAUAAACUUACGUGUCUUCCUAACACUAGUUGUGGUUUUAAGCUUCGUGGUGCUCUUGAUCUUUCUACAUGCUCAAGAUUUAAAAAAUUGCCAGAGAACCCAUGGAUAAUCGAAGGUCUAAAGAUGCUUGAUUUGAGUAAAACAGUUAUAGAAGAGCUACCUUCAUCAAUUAAACAUUUGACUAGCCUUACUUCAUUGACUCCAAGAUAUUGCAUGAAUCUUGUGCGCCUUCCUAGCACCAUUUGUAGUUUGAGGUUGCUCAAUUCUCUUGAUCUUUUUGGAUGCUUAAAAUUUGACAACUUGCCAGAGAAUAUAGGAAAUAUAAAAGGUUUGGAGGUGCUUAAUUUGUGUUGGACAGCCAUAAAAGAGGUUCCUUCUUCCAUUGUUCUCCUUAAAAAUCUCAAACAGCUAAAUAUCCAUGGUUGGAAGUUAUCUGAUUUUUAUUCCCAGCCAGCAAGUCUUGAGUCCAUGACCCCAUUACAGACUUCAUCUAUUUUCUUGCCAACAAGUCCUCCUAGGAAAAGAUUAUUGCCUUCAUUUUUAUUUUUUUCCCUGCCAACAAGUCCUGUUCCGAUGGGCUUAUUACUGCCUACCUUAUUGGGUUUGCAAUCUUUAACAUAUUUUUAUCUUAGAGACUGCGAUCUUUCAUCAAUCCCCAAUGACAUUGGCUGCUUUCCAUCUUUAGAAUGCUUAAAUUUAAGUGAAAAUAAUUUUGUUUCCCUUCUUAAAAGCAUGUCUCAACUCUCUAAUCUUCAAAUACUUUGUUUGGAGGGUUGCAAGAGGCUUCAAUCUUUGGAAAAUGUUCUGUCAACUAUUGAUUCUGUAAUUGCAAACGAUUGUAUCUCAUUGGAGAGAAUGCCAAAACUACAAUUUUAUCCUCUAAGGUCAAAUCACUCCCAUUUGAAUUUCCAGUGUCCCAACUGCUUCAAAUUGGUUGACUAUAUUCAAAGCGGCGGUAACAUGUUUCAGGUCUCUCUCUCUCUCUCUCUCUCUCUCUCUCUCUCUCUCUCUCUCUCUCUCUCUCUCUCUCUCUCCCUAAGUUCUAUACGUUAUGUUUGUAUAUUUCAGGGACUAAGUGGUAGACUACCAGACUUGUUAGAAAUUGUUAUUCCUGGAAGAGAAAUUCCGAAAUGGUUUAACCAUGAAUGUAUGGGUCAUGAAUUGAACAUACAAGUGCCUUCUGGUGAGUGUGAUGAUGUGAUGGAAAUUGCAUUGUGUGCUGCUUUUGUACCCAAGAAGAGGCUUCCCCGCUUUUCAAUAUGUCAACUUUCACGUUCAUUAAAUGGAGUUCAAAUGAAACAUCGAGUGUACUCUGGUUUUAGGACAAACUAUGGAAUAAUUGAAUCACAUCACCUUUGGCUGCUCUAUUAUUCCAAUUACACUCUAAAUGAUGGAAGAAUAUCUAGUGAAAUUGAUGCGAAUGGAUUUUGUCAACUUAAGAUUAAAAUAGAUAGCCAGAGCUUUGAGGUGAAGAAAAUUGGGGUCCGUUUGGUAUACCGGCAAGACACUGAAGAUCCCUAUCAAACUGAGGCACUGUGCAUCAACAACAGCAGUAUGCUCCUAUGAGGACCUGGGUGUUCUCCAUCAUGAUCUUGACGAUUCAGCCUCAGAAAGUAUCAGAAAUCAGUGAAGCAAUGAUGAGGAUGGCGGGUCUGGAUCGCUGGACUUCCCUUCGUGGAGAACGCUACAAUAUUGAGGAACCACAGACAAAGAGGAUCAAAGACUCGAGGGAUUAAUGGCUGAUUUUGUAGCAUCUAGUGAAAAUGACGUGGAAGGCUAAAUGUUUUCUGUUCAUAAUCUGUAACUGAUCAAAUGUCCAAGAAGCUUGAAGCUGCAGUUAGAGGGAUAGUUACAAGAGUGAUAUUGAAGUAUCAGCCAAGUAGUUAUGGUCUUCUCACACCCACCUUAGGCUCCUGCGAAAGUGGUCGAGGACCCAGAAGGAUAUAAAUACUUCCCAUCAAUCUCUUUCCUUAAUGCAAAGUUACCAUCCAGUGCCUCUAUGCUUGGAGAAGUAUAAUGGAAGCUAGAAAGGUUGCUCAAUUGAGCUACAAUUGGAAGAUAGGGAAGGAAGACAGGUUAACAUCCGGAGAUAGAGGUGGCUGCCAACACUAAGCACGUUCAGGGUGGUUUCACCAAGACAUCCUCAAUCUGCGCAAACUAUGUGUGACUUGCUGGAUGAUAAUACAAAGACUUGUUGAAAGGAUGUUCUGGACAGAAACUGGAGAUUUUUCAGUUCGGAGUGCAUAUGAUUUGUUGGAAAGCUAAGUGGACCUAAGCUCAGGUUAGGAAUGCACUGCAGGAUAUCCUACCAACAAAGACUCAUUUCUAUUUUCCAAACGCACCAUGUCUUCGGUAACUUGUGAGCAGUGGAAUGAAGUUCCUGAAACCAACCAAUUUACAUGCUUUAUGGUCUUGCCCACACGCCAAGAAGCAAUUGUGGCUGCACAUAAAUGGAAAAAUAUUUGAGGAACCAGGAAUGCAGAAAAAAUUUAGUCUGAGAUACUGCAUAUCCCAACAUGGAAGCCCCCUCAAUUACCUUACUCCAAGGUAAAUGUUGCUGUAAAAAAUGCAAGGAUGGCUUUUGCUAUGGAAUAGGUGCAGUGAUUAGAGAUUUUAAUGGGAAUUUUGUUGCAGCUAAGGUUGAGGUGAUUGUGAGCCAAUGCUGUCUGGAUGGUCAUUUUACAGGAUUCUGGCAUGCCCUAUAAUUGUGUAACCAGCAGGGACAUCAGGAGGUUCAACUUGAGAGCCACUUAAGUAUUGCCAAUUUGCCAUUGCUGCUUUUAACAUGGAUUCCUCCCUCCCCCCACCCCCGCCCCCAAAAAAAAAAGAAAAAAAAGAAAAAAGAAAAAAAGUGACCUGAAAUGUGCUGUUCAACAAAGUGAAAAUAGCAAUAUCUACUUUGCGAUGUUGCAAUUUUAAUUUUUUGGACAAAAGCUGUAAUAAUGCUCCUCUAGAUUUAGCAGAUCUUGGAUGUAAAAAUUGCGUCACUGAGAUUUGGCUACUUGAUAAUUUUGUGAAAUGCAAUACAAAUCCUGCCGCUUUUAUUUUAAGAAAAAUACA